GGCAAAACACCUGAUAUUCUACCAGCAAAGCGCUCUUCCCCAUAGCGAUAACUACAUAAAAAUAUCCUGUAUUAAAAAAACCAGAAGGAAAAAGAAGUCCUUGUAUCAGUAUUGCUCUUAGAUGAGUGUUUCUGGCUGUAAUAAAUUAAGCUGACUUUUUUUUUUUAACUUUUAUUCCUGAAAAUGGCUUUUCGAUUCAAUUUUUCUAUUGAUGAAAAUGAGACCAAUGAACCAGACACUCACGAUAAGACGGACUUACAGCUCUGCUCUCCGAGACACGAGCAGGAAUCCACAGGAAAGAGCAAGCAAACUGCUGAGGCCGCAGCAGGCUCCGGCCCAAGGCUGGGUACCGAUAAGCACCAAGAUGAGACACCACCGAAGAAAGAGUUCUGCUGUAAAGCUGCCAAGGAGCACGAUAUUCCUGAAGAUCUUGACAAAGUAUUGGAAAAUAAAGUCAUGGAAACAGUAUCAGACCUGUAUUACAUAAAUAUGUCUGUAGUGGAAAUGAUGUGUUUGGAUGGCACCGAUGGAGAAGGCAUCGUGUCUAAAAGUGUUGCUUCUCACUCCGACCUCAUCCCGGGAGUCUAUGAGGGAGGACUGAAAAUCUGGGAAUGCACCUUUGACCUCAUAGACUACUUUUCCGAGGCUGAAAUACAGUUUACCAACAAGACGGUAUUGGACCUCGGCUGCGGGGCUGGACUGCUGGGAAUAGUUGCUUUACGGGGUAAAGCUGGCAAAGUCCAUUUUCAGGACUACAACGGCACAGUGAUUGAUGAAAUAACCUUGCCUAAUGCGGUGGCUAACUGUAGAAGUGAAGGCAAUAGGAUGGGCAGCGGAGACGACAGAAAAGCUAGCAAGCCUCCUUCGAAGAGGCCCAAGAAAGCGGAGCGCUUACCUGAUGCGCUCACCAAAUGCAGGUUUUUUUCUGGAGAGUGGUCUGAAGUCAGCCAGCUCCUGUUAAGCAGCAGCAAACCCUUUUCAAAGUAUGAUAUAAUUCUCACAUCUGAGACCAUCUAUAAUCCUGACUACUACGGUGCUUUGCAUGAUACACUGGCUCGGCUCUUGGAUAAAAACGGCCGUGUGUAUUUGGCAAGCAAAGCACAUUAUUUUGGGGUUGGCGGUGGUAUCCACCUCUUUGAGAAAUUCACUGUAGAGAGAAAUGUGUUUAGGACCAGCAUAGUUAAAAUAAUUGAUAAAGGACUGCAGCGAUGUAUUAUGGAAAUGGCCUUUAAAGAUUCCACUUAAAAUUCAACCACUGGUCCUUCAAAAGUACCUUAAGACAAGAUGUUUUGAUCCUCGCAUCUCUUUGCUUUUUCCUCUGUUGAGUUAUUCUGGUUUGACAAAUUAAGGAUGCUCGUUACUGAAAUGUUUGACAAAUUCUGAUGUCUGACUAGAAGUGAAGGACUCUUCUGAUCCUGCUUUUGCAUAGAAAAAUAGAGUUCUGUUUAAACUGGCAUCCGUUUAUGCCCAUUCAUUGUCAUUUACAUGUAUUUAAAAAUGAAGCAAGUCACUGU